GGCUUCGGCGUAGCCGCGCCGGGAAGGCUCUGGUUUCCAUAACAACCGGGGCCUAGUUGGAGGAUGAAGCGCUCCUUGCUGCCAUGUUCGGGGAUUCGGCGUCCAGCGGGAUUGACGUGGAGUCGGCUUGGAGGAGGAACCAAGGGGCGCGCUGCCACGAGAGAAGCACCCAGACCGGGGUGAUCUCCACAGCCGAAGCUGACACCCAGUCCCACUGCUGCCAGGAUGCGGGCGUCCAGACCGACGCAGGCGACGACCAGCCCCAGCUGCCAGGCCUUUCCUCCUCAGGGCCGGUGGAUUAUACCAGCCUGCGCUCCUUCCUGCAGAGGGUGGAAGAAGUGGUGAUCCGGGAGUUGGACAAAAACUGGAAGAGCCAUGCCUUUGAUGGCUUUGAGGUGAACUGGACAGAUCAGAACGAAACGGUCAUUUGCUUGCACAGCCUAUCGUACCCUGAAGCUCAAGAACGCAAGCUACAGGUGACCAGUGUGUCCUGGAACUCCACCGGAGCGGUCAUUGCUUGCUCUUAUGGCAGACUGGAUGAUGGAGACUGGAGUGCGGAAAAGUCCUACGUCUGCACUUGGAAUCUUGACCGGAGAGCUCUGAACCCCAGACGUCCAGAUCUCGUGGUGGAGACCCCCAGCGCAGUGAUGUGCUUGGCGUUCCACCCACGGCAGCCUUCCCUUAUAGCAGGAGGCCUGUUCAAUGGGGAAGUGCUGGUGUGGGACACCGGCAGAGUGGAGGACCCUUUGCUCUGGAGGACGGGCAUGACAGAUGACACGCAUACAGAUCCAGUUUAUCAGGUUGCCUGGCUGCAAGACUCGAAGCACAGCCACACCUUCCGGGUCCUGAGCGUCUCCACCGACGGGAAGAUCCUAGUCUGGCAGGAGGACCGAGAGGGCUUCCUCAAGCCCACCGACGGCUUUGCCUUCGUUCUGCAGCAGAUACCCAGGAGCACAAAACUGAAGAAGCAGACACGGGGAGACGCGGCCGUGGGCAUCACCUCCCUCUCCUUCUCCCACUUUGAGCCCAGCGUCUUUGUCGUCGGCACCGAGGGGGGUUCCCUGCUGAAGUGCUCCACUGCCACCGAGGCCGUGGCUCUGCUGCAGAAAGGCAGCUCCGUCCCGCUUAGGGCCCCGGCGCAGUUUGCCUUCUCCCCUCACGGAGGGCCCGUCUACUGCGUGAGCUGCUCACCUUUCCACAGGAAUCUCUUUCUAAGCGCUGGGACGGCUGGCCACGUUCACCUUCACUCCAUGCUGCAAGCUCAGCCCCUCGUUUCCCUCCAGUUGUCUAAGAAAUACAUUUUCAGCGUCAAGUGGUCUCCGGUACGGCCCUUGGUUUUUGCAGCUGCGUCCGGGGAAGGGGAAUUGCAGCUGUUUGACUUUGGGAAGAGCUCCCAGAGACCCUCGCUUUCCAUCCAGCAGACCUCUGACCAGGCUCCGGUCUACUGCUUGGAGUUCAACCAUCGCCAGGCCCAGCUGCUGGCCGCUGGAGAUGGCGACGGAGCGGUUAAGAUAUGGCAGCUGAGCUCGGACUUCACUGAAGAGGGGCCCCGCGAAAUGAACCACCUCGACCAGCUGGCAAACGAGGUGACAGAUUAAUACGGACACUCAAUAAAAGGCUUGGCAUUG